AUGAGUACCAAUGAUCGAAUCCCAUCCAAUUUACCGAUUCUUGAUUCGAAGAAUUACGACAAGUGGUCCAAACAAAUGAAGGUCUUGUUUGGAUAUCAAGAAGUUCUCGAUAUCGUCAACAAUGGUGUCACACCUCUUGGGGCUGAACCUACUGCUGCACAUCAAGCCACUUUCAGGGAAGAGAAGAAGAAAGAUUACAAAGCUCUCUUCUUGAUACACUCUUGUGUCGAUGGUGAUAAUUUCGAAAAGGUCGGUGAUUGCGAGUCCGCGAGGCAAGCUUGGUUAAUUCUUGAGAAAUCAUAUGUUGGGGCUGCGAAGGCAAAGAUUUCGAAGGACCUUACGUCGCUGAGCAAGGAUGAGCUUCAAAGUUCCCUAGAAGCACAUGAACAAAGAAUGGACGAGGGAGGAAGCGAUAAGGCAAAGGCGGAGUUAGCUUUGCAAGUUCGUUUCAAUGAAAGGAGUAAUGGUUCGAAAGGGAAAUGGCCUUCGAAAGGGAAGCAAGGCGAUGGUGAACCUAAACAUUCGAAGGGACAAAAGGGUGAAAGCAGCAACUCAAACGGUUAUGGUGAUCGGAGCAACGCGAGAGGUGGAAAACCAAGAGACAUGAGCAAAAUACAAUGCUGGAAAUGCAAGAAACUUGGGCAUUUUCAAGCAAAGUGUGGUGCUAAACAGCUUGAAACUAAAGGGGAUGAAGCCAAGGUUGCUAGGCAAGAGGUGGAUGAUGAAGCCACACUCUUAAUGAUGAUUACCGAUGAGUGCGAAGGCAUGACAGAGGUGCUGGACAGCAGCUGCAAGUCACGGGACAGCAGCUGCAAGUUACGGGACAGCAGCUGCAGCAGUGCAGAAAAAGCGACAGUUUUGAGUUCGGAAUAA